UUCACAUACUCCUCCCAUCUCCCAUGUUUACGUCAAAUCCUUCCCAGCAGCGGAUGUUGUUGGAAAAGGGGUGCUACAAACGUCAACGUAUGAGUUAGAAACCAUCGAAAAGUUCACAGAGCUGAUAUUUCCAUCAUCACCGAGGAUACAGAAGAAACACUGCUUGAACAUCAGCACAGUGUGAGGAGAGCUCCCAUCUCUGGCCUCCUUCCAGGGAACCAACAUGUCCAGUGACCCCCCUCCUCCAUACCCCGGGGGCCCGAGUGCCCCAUUUCUUGGGGAGAAAAAUGGACAACCUUCAGUUCCUGCAGCCAGUGCUCCAGUAACGACAGGACCUCCACAUGGGUAUCCACUGCCUCCAGAAUAUGGACCUCCACCUUAUGAAGCCACACUUCAGCCUGGCUUUGUUCCUCCGCAUGUCCCAGGAGAAGGUCACAUGCCUAAACCUGUGCAUAUGUCAAUGCCCAUGCCUCAUCCUCACGGUGUUUACUAUGCUCCACCUGGACACUUUCCUCAUCCGAUAGCCGAGCACUAUGGCCCGGGGCCCAGUCACUUUGCUCCAGGUCACACAGCCACAGUUCUCGCCCCUCCUGGUGCCACCACCACCACCGUGACUGUUCUACAGGGGGAGAUGUUCCAAGCGGCUCCAGUGCAGACGGUUUGUCCACACUGCCAGCAACCCAUCGUCACCCGCAUCAGGCACGACAUCGGCUUCACAAAUACUCUUAUCUGUAUGUUCUGCUUCUUUGUGGGUUGUGAUCUAGGUUGCUGCUUGAUCCCCUGUUUCAUGGAUGACCUCAAGGAUGUGACACACACUUGCCCAAACUGCAAGGGCUAUAUUUACACAUAUAAGCGCAUAUGCUAACAGUUUAUCCCAUCAGCAAUCAUGCUGUGUCCUCGUUCUGGUGGGUGUAGACGACCCGUUUUCAUUUCCCUCUGUUCUCUGUGGUCAUUUUGCCAACAUAUAUAUCAUUUUGUACAGGCACUUGACAUAGUUACUGAUGUCUCUAAAAUUAAGCAGAGGUUAUUAGCAAUCAUUGAAGGAUGGGUACGUUUUAUAUGAUGCAUGAUUGACAUUUACAUUGUGUCAUCCAAGCACUGUUUUUUUUUAGUAGUGCUAAGUGUGUACAUUUAGAGAAUAUGUGAAAACAUUAACCUUGAAAAGCUCAUCUGUGAAUAUUAGUGUGUAGCGAAACUACAUGAAGUUCACUGCAGGGUCAGUAUUGUUGGAUUGUAGGAUUAUUAUUUUAUGCAUUAUUGUUUAAAGUCUUAGAUGGCUGGGUCUGAGACUUUUGAAGUUCUGGGGUAACGUGAUUGCUUUUACAUGUGAAAAUGUCUCUAUAGUUGGCAUGAUAUGCAAAUGUUAUGGAAAUUGUUUUCUUUCUCUUUUGUUUUCAAUUUCUUAGAUUUGUUGAUAAGAUUCAAUUCCUGUUGAUUUGAGAUAUGCUUAUCAGUGUAACAUGCAUUGUUGUAUAGAUGUCAUUUUAGAUGAAGGAUUUCUGUUGAUAAAGGGAUCUGUAUGUCCAUGUAAAUAACAUUUGAUAAUUUAGAGAUGCUAAAUAGCUUUCAUUAAAGCUCAUGGUGUUUUAAAGGAAUAGUUCACCCAGAAAUGAAAAUUUGGUGAAAAUAUACUCACUCUCAGGCCAUUCAAGAUGUAGAUGGGUUUGUUUCUUCAUUGGAUUCAACAGAUUUAGAGAAAUUUAGCAGUGAAUGGCUGCCGUCCGAACGAGAGUCCAAACAGAUGAUAGAAACAUCACAAUAAUUCACAAGUAAUGUGAGUAAUCUACAAACUGUGUUUGUAAAAAAAAAAAAAAUCAAGACAUUUUUAACUUCAAACCAUUGCUUCCAGAAAUAAAUUAGAAUCCAUAAUUCAUAUUGCUUUACCCAACUGUUCCUUUAAUAUGGGAUGCAGUGAUGCUAGGGACAUAUUUGUGGAAUUCAACCAAUAUACAUUUUAUUUUAGAACUUUGAAUCAAAAUUAUAGCUAAGGUGUUUUUCAAACAACUAUACUAGCUGUUCUGUCUUGUCAGUAAGCUGUUUGAGACUUCUGUAAACUAUCAUCUUUUAUUCAGGUCAUUAUUUUUAUUUCUACUUGAUGUAGUGAAGUUGUCUUCAAAAAGGGAAUACAUUUUUGGUAAAGGCUGUUCUGCUUUGCUGUUGGAGCUCACCAGCAUGAUGAAGGUGGCUGUAUGACAACACUCUAAUCUUGCCUAGUGCUCUAUUGGGCCAUAUGUGCCCUCACGCUGGGCUGGUUGCUGAACUGGGCUUCAUAACUCAAAGCAGAUUAACCCUUCGCUUAUUAAUACUGUGUGCAACAGGCCACAGGGAUUUAAAGGAUGAUUGUCCUGAUCUUCCUUUUGUGUGUGUGUGUGUUUGUCUGGUCAGAUUGUGAUUGUGAUUUGAAUGGAAUUAUCCAAAGAUUUUCCUUUAUUUGGUUAGGGCUAUUUCUGAAUAGCUAAAUAUUUUCUAUAAAUUUUGUUCUUUUCAGAAAUGUGAUUUACUGCUGAAAUUAGUACGAAGGCUACAGCAGCAGCAGUGCUUAGACACUAUAUCUCAAUAUUGAGACGUCUGUUUUUUCAUCUUUUGUUUAAAACUACACUUAGUAAGCUUUGGCCUUGUAUCGGUUUAAAAAAAGAAAAGAAACCUGCAUGCGUCUCGCGGAAUAACACAUUGUUUUGGUUGUGCUUCGGCUCUGCUCCUCUAAAGUGGAUGAAUGUAGUUUGACGCACUGCUGUAUCGGUGAGCGGGGUUUCUUUGGUUUUUCUAUAGCGAAUACCGUUUUGAAUGAUCCAUGGCCAUUUUCUCUUGUUCGUUUUGACAACAAAGUUUCAGCUUCUUGCUUCUCUCACAACAUAAACGCGAAGAUAUUUUUCUGUACUGUAUAUGGAUAUAUGCAAUUUCCCGCAAAAUUCGUCCCGACACCUCUAAAAUAUAAAUGAUUAUUAUAGGGUGAUCAAGUUGUUUUGGGUAAAUAACCGACAUGGUUUGCACUCUUUAGUAAUACACACACACACACACACACACACACAUAUAUAUAUAUAUAUAUAUAUAUAUAUAUAUAUAUAUAUUUUCUUUCUUAUUAAGAGGUUACAUAGUGUAAUUUCAAAAGAAGAUUCAGUUAAUUCUUUUUACCUGUUAGACAAUCUGCCAACAUUAUAGCUAUUUCACAAUCAGACUUUACGUACUUUUCCAUUGUACUAUUUAACACAAAAGAAACAUGUAGCAAUCUGUCUGUAAAUAGAUAUAAACCUGGUGUCUCAUUGUAUAUUAUCUUUUUAAUCAGAUCUGUCCAGUGAACACUGACAUUGGCUCUAUAUUCCAUAUGCAGUCAUUACAGAAAUAACUUUAGCCACAUUCAGUUCUGAUUUCAAAAUAUCCAGCAGAAAUCCCAAUGUACUAUUUUCUGACUGAAAAAAUUACUUAAUCCUAUCUGCCAUAAUUUCAUUCCCUCACCCAUGACUUGUAAUAUAAUUAAGAUACCUCUCCAUCAUCUGCAAAAACUACAUGUCUGUUAUAAUCUCCAGUAAAUAUGUAUGCAUGAUGGGAUUUUACUUGCACAAUCCUGUCUGGCUCCCUUUAAUUUAAUAUGCUCUUGACUACGUAGGUCUACUUGCUUUGUGAAGUGACUUGAUGCUGUUGCAGACAAUAGAUGUCAAGCUUGUGUUACAUGAAUGCAGCUGUAGAUAGAUGCCUUGAGAAUAGUAUAUGGCACUUCACCAGAUGCCAUGCUCAACUCAAGUCUUAAUUAAAUGUGUAUGUAAAACAAAACGUAUGGACUCAUUAUUUGAACAAAUAAAAAGAUAAACUGUGUUA